UUUAUGGUUUCUUCUUCGUUUAAGAAGAGUAUCUUUUGUGAAACUCUUAACCCGUUUGUUGCGAGAAGAAACUGUGCCCGCCGAGCACCGUAGACGGGCACUGCAGUGGCAGACAGCGUGUUCUAUUCGUCCAAAUGUCCCCAGAAAAGCAACUCGUCAGCCACUUCAUGCAUCCAUAAAACCUUCUUGCCUGCCUGUACGCCUACCGCCCUCAUCAUUGCGCUAUCUUUGUCUCUUUUGUUUCCUCCUCCUUUCUCCCCCCUCUCACAGGGAUCAUUUUUACCUGAACGCUCUACAUGAUCAUCUUCUCUCCGUUCUCCCGAGAAUGCAGCAGGUGAUCUUUCGGGCAUCGUUCCACGUCGUCGCAGCACGACUCCUGCUGCUGUUGCUUCUCCAAGGGGAUGACUGCUGGUGCUACCAGUACAAGGUUGGAGACCUUGACUACUGGGGGCUGCCCCCUCCGUCCGACCCCUUCCUCUACUCCUCCUGGUCUCAGAACCACCGCUUCCGCCUCGGUGACUCCCUUCUGUUCUUGUACCCGCCGAGCCAGGACUCGGUGAUGCAGGUGACGGAGCGGGCGUUUAACAGCUGCAGCUUGACCGACCCCAUACGGAAGCUGGACGACGGCAACUCCCUCUUUAACCUGACGACCCCGGGGAACUACUACUUCACCAGCGGCGCCCCCGGCCACUGCGAGAAGAACCAGAAGCUGGCGGUUGCCGUCCCCUCACUAAACAACGGGACCUUCUUCCCGCCCGCCGUAGACUUCGCCGUCCCGCCGGCAGGGUCGCAGUCCUACCUGACCGUCUUCGGCCCUGCUCCGGCUCAGGGACACAGCGGCAAUCCGGCUGCGGCCGUCACGGCCAUGGGAUCCGUCGUCUCGGCCGCGCUGCUCCUCGGCGUGGCUUUCCCAUGACGCCGACGGAAAUGGAAUGGCAUUUUUGGAGUUAUGCUCGGUAGAACCUUUUGUUUCUUUUUUC